CUGAACUUCAAUUUAACUCUUAUAGUGGUUGGUAAUAUUCCAUUCUAUGUUUUAUCAUUAUAUAUUCUUUCUCAUUCAAUUUCUUUGUUAGAUGUUUUGUCCCUUUGAAAUGACUACAAAAUGUUGUUGUCUUUAACCAUGAUUGUUUUGUUUAUUCCCGUGCUCAACCUAUUGUUUGUUGUAGUUUACAUUUGUUUGUCCAUAAGACUUUGCUCAUGAUUUUAAAUUAGAGGAUCCCUUUCAGUGAAACUUUUAACAGUUUGCAGUUUUUUUCUUAGUACUGCAUGCCCAACAGUUCGUUGUGGAAGUUUAAAAUCUCUAAAAAUGUAAACGUAAACACAAAUAAUAUCCUCUAUUUUGGUAGUGUGGCCAUUUUCACUUUCUCAGGAUACGAAGGGUGUUUAUACAUCCCAAGCUGUGUAAAUUUUAAAUUGUUAUGUAAAAGGUUACCUACAAGCAAUAGGGUGAGCCAGCAAUUAAUUUUUGCGUCCAAUUCCAAGAAGUAUGUAUAUUAUGAGUGAAAACCGAGUUGCAUAUAUUUAACAGAACAAACAGUUGAGAAUAUCUAGUUUGGCAAUUACCUUUGUCAGUCCAUGCAAUGUCCGUAUAAGGUCAAAGUAGGGAUCAAAAUAUGAAAGACCAUGUUUAAAAGAAUAAAUGGAUGAAAAACGAACGCAUGAAGAACUAACUCACUAUGUUCAAUCUUCAUUGAAAUUUGAGAAUUGCAAGGCUGUAAGUUUGAAUGAUGAAUCUUGUCCAUGAUUAAUAGUGAAGGGGCUAAUGUGGAAUUGAGUUUUGGAACUUUUUCUUCAAAUGUAUGAGAUAAGGUGUCUAAUAUUUGAAAAAAGGCUAGUUGAUGAAAGGAGUAUUAAAAUCCACAGGUGUUCCAAAAAUAAAAUAAAUUCACUUAAAAGAUGCACAGAUCUCACCAACUUACAGAAAUGGUUUAAAGGCACGGUGAGCUGCAAAUGCACUCAAUAUUCUAUUUUCAGUUUCAGGGAUAGGGGUUACUCUAAAGAAUUCGUGAUUAGGUCUUUAGUUUUGUCUAUGUAUGAAAUAUUACUUUUCAGGCUUUGUCUUCAUGAAGAAGUUUUAAGUUGGGUCCAGUUUGAAUAUUUCAUCAUAAGUGGUGUACUUAGCCAAACAGACUCGGUGAAUAGAGAGAUUAUUUUCAGAGAAUCCUUAGCCACCAGAAUUGGUUCUUUUUUCUCUUGGGGACAUUCUGUCUUCUUUCCCUUUCCAUCUCAUCUACUAUGAUUCUAAUUUAUUUUCAGAUAAGAAAUCUGUUUGCUCGACUGAUAAGUUUCCUAACAUCUUAAAAGACUUUGUUGUACAAAUUUUUCCAGCUCUCAUCAAUUCUGAACUACCAUUAUCCUAUGAUUUGUCUCAUUAUAAUUGUCCUAAAAAUUCUACCUUUAGUGACAGUUUUGUAAUCUCCUUCUAGUGCUUAAUCAAACUUUGAUUUGUCUCAUUCUAAUAGUUAUAUUUUAACUUUUGUUUUGAACGUGGCAAUGGUUGGUUUAUGCAUUGCCAUGGCAUUUGUACAAAAAAAAUGCUCGUAACAUGUAUAUAUUGUAUGUACAGUUUCUCAAAUCUGAUGUGACACUGUUCUUUUAUGACCAUAUGGGAAUGAUUUAUGGUGAAACUUGCUUAGUGUUUUUGUUUCAUCAAAAACGGUGUGCCUUGCUUAAUGAUUUUCACUUGAGCAUUACCAGUAGAAGAUCUUCGUAUGUUAUAAAGUUUAGAGUAAAUGGAGGCAUUGAAAUCAUGUUAUGGUGAUGGAUCUUCUGAUUCAGAUUCGGAAGCUGCACCUUCAGCUCCAACCUCUGCUCCCCCAACAGUAUUCACACCAUUGCCACCACCUCCUAUAUCUCUCCUUGACCCGACAACAUUUCUUGAUCUGCAGACAGGUCAGACAACAAGAGUUAGGAGCUUCCCUCACGUUGAUGGUAACUAUGCCUUACAUGUUUACAUACCAAUUAACAUUUCUUCUCCGUCGAAGAAAGAACUAUCUGCUUUCUUGAAAAAAGUGUCAUCUCGGGUGCCAAAUCUUAAUGUUGUUGACGCUGAUGUCCCAUUAAACAUCCUGUGCCAACAUGAUGAGAAGCUCGAACAAGUUGCCUUAGGAAGAGAAUUUCACAUAAGUUUGGGAAGAACGGUUCCAAUACGAGUGCACCAGAUUGACUCAGUGAUCUCAAUGCUCAAACAGAAGCUUCACAUCCAACGCCAGUAUUGGAUAGACUUUAACAAGUGGGAGGUCUUUAUUAAUGAUGAUCACACACGCACCUUUCUCUCGGUAGAAGUUGUUCAAAGAGGGUUAAUAGAGAUUACAAAGCAAAUUGAAGCAGUCAAUACAAUUUACAGGCUUCAUAAUCUUCCUGAGUUUUACAAGGAUCCACGUCCGCACAUAUCCUUGGCAUGGUCACUGGGUGACAUUGCCCAUUCACUGAAGAAAGUUGUGGACGAGGAAAUGAAGUACGCUGGGGGAAAAUCUUUCAAAAGUAUUUUUAGCUGUAAAUUCAAAGGUAUUGAAUGUAAGAUUGGCAAGAAAGCAUAUGCAAUAUGCAAAAUUCCCGAUGGACAAUAAUAAUUCGUGCUUUCUAAAGAAAAUGUUUCCUAUAAUGUUGGGUUUUCUUUGUUUGGUGGCAAUGUGAUCAUGAAUAGAUUACCAGGUAGAUGUGAAUGUGUAACAUAACAUCGUUAUUUAUUCCUUGUGAGUUGUAGACUAAACCAAAUGCUUGUAGGAGUUCAUCAGAGCUUUGUAGAGAUUUCUUCGUGAAAUAUUAUCAUUAUUGAAAUAUUCA